ACACAGUCCUGAGUAAUUUAACAAAUGUUAAGUGGACGGAGCCAAAUGUCCAGAAAGCUGUUUUGUAGAACUUGGGAAAACAAUUUAAACACAAGAAAGUUUACACAAACACCACCACCUAGUGGCCAAUCAGUUACACAUCAGUGGAUUCAUUAAACGGUUUAAAUGCCAGCUGAAUACUUAUUAGCUGAUAUUUUUGGUAGUAACGUGAAAGUCAAAAAUUCCAAAUUUCUGAUUGAUGUGACCUAUGUUUAUUAAGACACUCCAAACUUAGCUAGUGACCUCAGGAUGAUGUCUUGUAUAUGCCUUUCAAGUGUAAACCCACAUAAGCAAUCAUGAGUAAGAUCUGUAUGUGUAAAUUAGUUUCCGCUGUUUUAAUAAUUGGUUGAUGUAUUGUUACCAUAUUGUUUAGAAAUAUCAACAUGUUUUGAUUAUUAUUGAGGUUUGCAUAUCAAAAGGAAUACUUUUUAAAUUGCGUUUGAGCAAAUGAAAUAGCCUGCUGACUCUCCUAAUGUCAGACAGAAAGACACUUGGACAUUUCUUUGAAAAUCCCUCUUUUUGCUCAUAUGGAAUUAUGGCCUGAACUUGGUAGCUGAACUUCUACUUUGUCAUAUAUAAUGGAUUGCACCUAGGAAGGUUCUAAUAUAGUUGCUAAUUUGUUAAUAAUUUUCCUCCAAAUUCUUUUUUGCCUAACAGCUACAUAUCAAGUUUUCCAGGCUGAUCAUUACAGCAGGUCUGAUUUGUGUAGAUGUGAGACCUCCCAAAGUCGUUUUUUUUUUCCCCAAAGGCUUCUGGGUCAAUCCGCUAUACAACUUUGUGCCGAUAUAGCCCAGACUUGCAGCACAUAAAACAUCUAUUGAGAAAUGCAACGAUGGCAAAAGAUGGCUCAACAUGCAAUCUGAUCGAGCAUGAGAAGAUUUCUCAUGACAAAUGGUAGAGUCAGCUUAAAUAUAGGUGUGCUAGGCCUGUUGAGCAGAUGUAUACAAACUGCCUAUACACCUAAUAUACAAACAAAAACAAAUAAAUAAACGACCCUAUAAGCCCACAAUGAAGUGUAAAAUCAAACACAUCACAAAUGUUGAUGGUCAUUGUAAUUUUGACAGAAAUUUUAAAUUCUGGUUGUUUACUUUGCUCACCUGCACUGCAGACAGGCUGUUUACUCCUCUGAGUAUUUGAUUGCGUGUGAGCAUAAUGGUUUAUAGGAGCUUGUUUGUGAAGGGCCUGUUUGUAAGGAGGCAUAGAAAAUUUAUUUAGCUUUAUUUAUACACAGCCUAAUUUAAAAAUUAGUCCAAUAUAAUAAUUACAAGUGUUAAGACUGGAAAUAAUAACUCAAUUCAAGAAUGGAAAAACACUGGGUGAUUUUGUUUUUUCAUCUUAAACUGCCCAAUUUCUUUGACUUUGUGUCUAAACCCUCAGAUUCUUGUUCUUGGCUGACAGGAAUGUAACCCGAUAUGGUCUUCUGCUGUUGUAGCUCAUCCACCUUAAAGGUUGAUGUUUCUUUCCUUUUGAAUUUCUUUUCUGCUCACUAUGAUUGUAAAGAGUGAUUAUUUGAGUUUCUAUAUCCAUUCUGGGAACACGAUUCUGUCUGGCCAUUAUCCCUCUGACCUCUUUUAUUGACAAGGUGUUUCCACCCACAUAACUGUCACUCACUUCAUGUGCUUUGUUUGUCACACCAUUUUGUGUAAACUCUGUUGCGUGUGGAGACCCUGGGAGAUCAGCAGUUUCUGAAAUACUCAAAGCAGCACUGCAUGAUUGCUUGAUUGGAUAUGAAUAAACAGAUGUACAGUAGACUACAGGAAAGCGUCUUUUAAAUUCCAGACAUUUAUUAAUCCUUUUGGAUGAAAAUGAUCUGUUCAUCUGUUCAACAUAAAGAAAGGAACUUGCGGGUAAAGAAAAUGGAGAGCUUGUGAAGCUGAUCUAUGUUCAGCUCCUGCGUUGUAUAUUAUGGUGAUAUUUAACACAUGGAGUGAGGAAUGUUGGUCUUGGAUCAGACCUUCAAUAACGUUUCUCCUUCAAAGCAACAACAGGAAGUAGCUGUGAGGAGAAAUAUCUCCAACCAAUAGUAAGCCGUUGACCCUCCCCUGAAACACUGAUGACAAGCGCGUGAACCUAUGAGCCUGUCCAAGAGCACUUCCGUGAAUUUGACGUCAACGCCGCUUUUCGUCCGCUGUGCGCAAAUACCAGUGCAGACAGGGGGAGAAGUUGGCUGGCGGUGGUGAAGAUGGCGGAUGGAGACAGCGGGAGUGAGCGCGGUGGUGGAGGUAGCAGUGGUGGUGGUGGCGGCGGCGGCGGCGGAGGCGGCGGCGGCGGCAGUUUCUCGCAGUUCCAGCGGGAGCAAGAGACACAGGAAUUAGCGUCAAAGCGCCUCGACAUCCAGAACAAACGCUUCUACCUGGACGUGAAACAAAACUCCAAGGGCCGCUUUAUCAAGAUCGCAGAGGUCGGCGCCGGAGGCUCCAAAAGUCGCUUGACCCUCUCCAUGUCCGUGGCGGCGGAGUUCCGCGACUACCUCGGCGAUUUCAUCGAGCAUUACGCCCAGCUUGGGCCCAGCAGCCCCGAGCAGAUCGCGCAGUCUUCAGGUGGAGGCCCUGGAGACGACGGCGGCCCACGGCGGGCUCUCAAAAGCGAGUUCUUGGUGCGUGAGAACCGUAAAUACUACCUAGAUCUGAAGGAGAAUCAGCGCGGCAGGUUCCUGCGCAUUCGUCAGACCGUGAAUCGAGGGCCAGGCUUUGGUCUUGGAGGCCCGGGGGGCGGUGGAGCGCAAGCGGGCCAAACGAUCGCGCUGCCCGCUCAGGGCUUAAUCGAGUUCCGCGACGCACUCGCCAAGCUAAUCGACGAUUACGGUGGAGACGACGAGGAGCUGAGCGGCGGCACCGGGGCCGGCGCGGCCUCAGGCGGUUACAGCGAGCUGCCUGAGGGCACAUCCAUCAUGGUGGACUCCAAGCGCUUCUUCUUCGACGUUGGCUCCAACAAGUACGGCGUGUUUCUGCGCGUGAGCGAGGUGAAGCCCAGCUACCGGAACUCCAUCACGAUUCCGUUCAAAGCUUGGAGUAAGUUCGGCGGCGCCUUCUGCCGCUACGCCGAGGAGAUGAAGGAGAUCCAGGAGAGACAGCGCGACAAAAUGUACGAGCGGAGAGACGAGUCCGAGGGGGAGGACGUGGAUGACGACUGAUGCUACAAAAAGUUGCUAACAAAUAUAUAUAAUUGUGUAAUGUAGUGCUCAUAUGAUAAGAUCCGGUAUAAAAAAAAAAUGUGCAGAAACGACCGAAGAAAGUGCAUGACGAAUCGGACUUCAGAAUAGCCCUCCCAAAUAUUCGUGGCGUGAAUUUUAGUUGACAGAAUAUAUAUAUAUAUAUAUAUAUAUAUAUAUAUAUAUAUAUAUAUAUAUAUAUAUAUAUAAAAAUAGUCCUGUGAAGUUUGUAUGAGGAUAAACCGUCUAGAGUCAUUGGGUUAUUUAGUUCGGUUUUUUUUUUUUUUUUUUUUUUUUUUGGCAAAAGUUAUUUUAUUAUAGUCGUUAACCAGCAAGUUUUGAUUUUUUUGAGGUGACAGCUACUCUUUUAUAACACUAAUGCUGCUGAAAUAAAAUAUUCAGUGAAAUUCAAGCAACAAAAAAGAAAGCAUAUUGGUCAGUAUGUAAAAAGAGAGAGAGAGAGAGAAGUAAUGUCCUUACUUGUGUUCAUUAUAAUAAUGAUUAUGGAAGUGAGACCAUAAGUCCAUAAUUGUUGUCCAUGUGGACCAGAAGAAUAACACUGCUGUCACCUGCCCAUGGUGGGUUAUUAUUCUUAUUCGUAUUAUUGUGAUUAUUAUAUACAGGCAAGUCACACAGAAAAUAUUCACAGAAAGAAACUAAAGAGUAAGUUAUAUUCUUUACUAUAUGAAAAGUUAUUGAGGUAUAUAUUUAGGUACCUUCAACCAGUAGAGAAGUAAUUACAGACUUAAUGUUUUAAGAAAACAAAAGUGUGUCUAACACAAAGAUUUAUCAAUUUGGGGUAAAUUGGAUGAGCAAAAGAUGUAAACCAGGUUGUUUGAUCACUCUUUUUCAGCUCUGGUCCAAAUUUGAAUGGCUGUAGUGGAGUUCAAGAUCUAUGUAAUGCCUCAGUAGAUAGGAGGACCAGUUAAGGCAAGAAACCACACUCCUAUUUUUUUUAUUUUUAAAUCUUUUUUGGUUAGUUGAUUUCUUUGAAUUUUUAUUUUUAGGUUUGUUUUAAAUAAUAUAUAGGCAGGUUAUACUUUAUUACAGAAUUAACUGAGCAAACCAGCAUAUUUUUAAUACCUUAAGUAGAAGAUAUAUUAAAGCCUCCAAGGCAAAUUUUCUAAGAUAAAUAAUAUGGAAUUUGGAAAUAUUUGUUUUUCAAAAGUUAGGAGUGUGUAUAUAUAAGUAUAUAACUAAAGAAUGUUAAUGUUGCAUACAUCAUGUUUCAGAUUACACACGUCAACCUUUUCUCCAGCGCACAGUCAAAUCUAACAUUUAUAUUUUGAUUUUUCAUUAAUUUACCUGUUUAAAUGACCAGUUUAAUGGACAGUUCAGCCAGACAGUGCUAAUUAACAUCACUGGUUUGCAUUGAAUCAGUCAAAUAUUAGCACUUUUGGAUUGAACUUGCUCUGUAAGUAAACACAUUGAUGGCACUUGAGCUUUUCAAGCUGCCUUGUAUUAAUUGUGAUGUGCAUGCUUUUCCAUCAUUGUUCUUAACUUAAUUUAUUGAAGGUUUUUUUAAACAUGGUGUAUGUAGCUGCAUCAAUGCUACAAUGUCUUGUUACUGUUUUUUUUCCGUUUUUCUUUCUCUUUAUUCUCCGAACAUACAUCUAGAUGGCAAACACAAUGACGAGGUUAAUUUCUUUCAGCAUCCUCUAGGCUGGGUUUGUUACAUUUUUCUUCUGCAAGUAAUAUGAAAUUUACCUAAUUGGUAAUGACCACAGCUAGUUGCAUAGAUUUGUUUGCCACAUUUCAUUGUUGCACUUUGGGGAGAAGACAUAUAAACAGUAUCCCAGCAAUGUUGGUGUAGUUUACUGAGGGUGAUGUAGGUUUCAUAUAUUAUAAUUUUUAUUUUUUUUUUGCCUUCUAUUUACAGAAAUGAAUUUAAGGAGGCAUCCCUUGUUCUGUAUUCAUAUAUAAAACCAUCUUUUGUUAUCCCUUCUGACUUGUACUGUUUCAUGUGAAAUGGCAGCUGUUUUCUUAACUGUGUCCUACUGUAAAUGCUCACGAUCCGAUGAAUAAACUCAAAACUUUUUAUGCAGUAGCUCAAAUUGAGGAAAAGAGCAACGUUUUUAACACAGAUUAUGACCAGAACAGAGUGACUUGAUUUUAAUUUCUUUAAAUAUAAAAUUACGUUUGUCACUGGCA